GCCUGCCACAAGAAGUUAGACCGGAGCAUUGGUGGGGAUGAACUAUGUAUUCAAGCGGCCGUUCUGCAUCGCCUUCAUCGAUUUUUGCUUCGAGAAUUUCCACGUCGGCGUGUGGUCUUCCAGGAUGGAGGCCAACGUGCGCAAGAUCCUUGACUACAUCGGUGAGGGUUUGCAGCACAAGGUAAUGUUCGUCAUGCAUCAAGGCGAUUGCACCGCCACGGGGUUUAAGAAUCCUACGAACAGACGCCAGCCGCUGUUUCUGAAGGAGCUCGCGAAAGUUUGGUCGAGAUUCCCUGACGGCGAAUUUAAUGAGACCAACACUCUCCUUAUUGAUGACACUCCCUAUAAAGCGCUACUCAAUCCUCCUCACACGGCAAUUUUCUUGAAACCGUACACCUACAAUGAGCAGGAUAAUUUCUUGGCAGAGGGAUUGGUGGGGUAUUUGACGCAUCUGCGAAAUGCGGCGGAUGUGCGAGAGUUUGUGAGAAUGCAUCCGAUUGGGAUGCCGGCUAUCGCUGCAGGGUGUAUGCAUUGGAAUUUGUAUCGAAGCGUUUUGGAGAAGAUAAAAGAGGUCACAGAUGCAUCGACGCAUAGGAUCGCGUCGGGGAACUUGGAGCCACGGCCGCAUUUCUCUUCCACGGCGGAGGCGUUGGUGUUGGAAGAGUCGGUGCGGAACCUUUCGCUUCAUUAAUUGCUGUGUGUUGCGAAACUAGCGAUGACUCACUUGCUGGGCGAAUAGUUCAAGGAAGGAAAAAUGUAAAAUCGUUAUUUACCAGCAGUUACUGUGGGCUACAUUUUGUAUUAUCGACAAGAAAAUUAGAAACAAUGCAAGAAUACAUGAUGAUAAAACACAAAUUGUUCCGCUACCUUGCCAAAUCAGUGUGAGCAAUAUUAUAAAUAAUUCCAGCAAUGGGUAAUUACAUAUAGUGCUGAUCACCAUUUUUGUGUAUUGCCAAAACACUUGUACAUUGAAACAAUUUACAUUGAAAUCUUGUGGUGACAA